AUGGAUCUAUUUCUUAAAUUACCAGAUGAAUUAUUGGUUCUAAUCAUCAAAUAUAUCAAUGACAGGUCAAAAAUUGAAGAACUAAUCUCAAUUCCAGCAUUACAAAAUUAUGCCUUACAGGCAAGGUAUUUCAAAUAUCAACUUGAUAAUUUUAUGCUAAUCCCAUCUGAUGGAUCAAUAAAUCAUUUGAAAGCACUAUAUGAGGUCUACAAUUUUCAACCUUCAAAAAUAAUUAUUGAAGCAAAUAAAAUGUACGAACUAUUGAAGUCACAAGAGGAACCUGCAGACUCACAAGCAGAAUUUUUUUUUGAAAUUGAAAAUAUGAAUCAAUACCGUCAUGCUGAAUUUGAGAUCUUAAUUACAGACCGUAUGAAUGUUCAAUUGGAACUGAUUUUGAGAGAAGUCAAUGUGGUGGGGAUCCAUUUAUCAAAAUCUGAAGAAUUGGAGCCAAUAACUUCAAGUGAUAUCGAAGCAUUUCAGACUUAUUUACAAGCUAUUCAAUUUAGCAGUAUAAAAAUUCUAUCAACUGUUUAUGCCUAUAAUUUUGUGGAUAAAUUUCCUACAUCUUUAAGGAAAUUGACAAUAGAUAUUGACUGUGAAGGAAAAUUUGAUAUGAACUUUAGUGAAUUGCAAUGUCUCGAAUAUUUUGAUUGCGAGUAUAUGUCUGGAGUGGAAUCGUUGGAAGAUAUACAAUUAUCUAGGACUGUUAAAACCAUUAAGCUUAGCUGUUGUGAAUUUAAAACUUUGGGAAACUUGAAGACCUACAAUUUUUUGAGGUGCAUUGAAAUUCAUGAUUGUGAAGAUUUAUUUGAAAUGAUUAAGUGUUCCUUUCCUAAGUCAUUAGAAACCUUGGUAUUAAAUCCUUCUUACCGUCAAAAUAUGAUCAGAGAGUUGCAUGGUUCCGUGAAGCUAGAAUUAAACAAAGAUUAUGAACUAUCAGACUUCAGCAGUGAUGGACACUCUUUACUUUUUGGAUCCAAUUUCAAACUUCCCUCGACUACAAAAAUUUUGGAGAUUACUGGGUACGAUGGUACGAUAGAGUUGGGAAAAAACCUUUGCUUGAAAACCCUUCACACUUUAAAUCUAUUUGGAAUCAAGAACAUUGAACUUAACAAGCUUUUUGCUUCAUUACCAGAAAAUAUGAUAAAACUAGACAUUACCCGUUGUGAAUUAUUAGAGGCUGAUAAGUGUUUAUAUCAUCCCAAUAUACAGCAAAUUUAUUUUGUAUGCAACAAAAUAUCGAAUAUUUUCCAAAUAAACUUGAAGCAAUUGAAACAUUUAAAUUUAUUUGUGGUCACAGGGAACACUUUGGUUGCGCCUGGAAAUAAACUGAUAAGGUUCGAUCCAAUUCGGUUUUUAAUAAAUGAGUUUAAUGUUUUUGAAGGAACCAUCGAAAACUCAAAUAAAAAGCGGAAAGUAUGUGGAGUGACUGAAACAUUGCACAUUGACUUAGCUAGUAUCACACAUUUGGAUUUUAGUAGAUCCUAUACUGGUAUCUCGAAGAAUCUGGCCAUUAAUGACUCGAAUACCACAAUUCAACUUCCUUCUCAAAUUAAUAUUCAAGGCUGUAUAAUAUUAAAGGUUUUGACAUUGUCAGGAUUGAGUAUUCGAGUGAUAGAUUUGAACAAAUUCCCUAGUUCUUUAAGAGAUGUCACAAUCACGGGAUUAGAGUUACUACAAAUAAAAGGCGAGUUCAGUCGUCUAAAUCAAUUGAUAGAGUUGAAUCUAGCAUACAAUGAUAUCACCCACUCAAUGUUGGUCGCUCAAAACUUCCCAUCUACUUUGAGGGCCCUAAAAUUAUCUGGAAAUGAGAUUGAAGAUUUAACAUGCUUGAAAAUAAACAAUUGUGUCAAUUUGAGGUUUUUAGAUUUAGAAAAUGUUACUAGCCUGCAGAAUCCAAAUGGAGCAAAUGAAUUAAAAGAGCUUUUUAUUAAGUUAGUUGGUACUGGACGUUCUAGCCGUGCGCUUGUUACAACCUAUGAAUCAACGAUUGUGUUCAGUGUCAUUAAUGGAACGGAAGAUCUUAGAGGGUUUCUUUAG